AUUUUAACUAAAGUUAACAAAAUAUUUUGGGUACUAGCUGAAACCCUAAAACCCCUCUAAUCUCAUAAUCUCUCUUCGCUCUAUAUGCUCUCAUCUAUGAUUCCACCAAUUUUUGGAGACCCUUUUCGUUUUUUGUUCAGUUUCAGAAGGAAUCAACCAGUUCAGAUAGUUUAUCAAUGAAACCAUUGGGUGUUUUCUUUCAAGAAGUGAGGAUGAAACUGAAAACAAAGAACUGAAGUGUUAAUUGAGAAAAUUGGAGGAAAAAGUUUGAAUUUUGCGUGAGAAGAGGAAAAAUGAAAGGGAUUAUAAGGAGGAAGCUAGAAAGGUUAAUGAGGUAUUGGAAAAUGAGGGGAAGAGUAACAAAUUACAUGAAUUGUUAAUGAAUGGAGGAUCAUACGGUGUACAGAGAGCUUUCACCUGAUACGGGUGAUGUUUGUGACUCAUUUAUGCAAUGCAGGUACUUUAAAGAUUCAAACAUUUUGCCUAGGAGGAAGUUUGACAUUACUUGCUUCGAGAAUAGCUAUGCUCGUGAUUUUGUAAAGUAUGCAGCUGAGCAGUUUGGUAGAGAUCACCAAGAGAUUGCUAAAUGGUUGUCUGGCAGUGACUUGAAAAAAGUUGCCCUUUUUGGUUGCCCUUCUGUUGCAAACACGACUGUUUUUCCUGCUAAGAGGUUGUGUGCAUAUUUCAGAAUUCAAGAAGUUGAUUAUGCAACAAAUGUGCCUUAAAUGCAUCACGCAAGUUUGUGAAUCAGAAUGUCUGGAAAGCCGAUAUGACAUGCUCUGGAAUCAGUUCCUCCCCUGUUAGUAAUACCAGAUGAUAUAAAGGCUUCUGUCAGUCAGUUGCUGAUGGACAUUUUGAGACUUAGUCAAAAUGUCUCUUAAUCGCUUCUUCAGAUAUCCGAUGAGUUGAUCAGCAGCAGCAUACAGGUAACAUUGGUCUAAUUGUCAGUGAGAUGCUUAUACCCCGUCAUGAUCAUGCUAGUUCUACGCCUGGCUGCACUGUAUUUUUUCAUGCUUAUUCACGAAUUGUAGUUCCUAUGGUAAUGAAUCUAUGUGCCAGAUGGACAGUCGGGUUGAAUCUCUGGACAACAACAGAACCUUAGUUGGUAGAGGUGAUUGAAGUCAGCUCUAUUACUCAAACAAGCAUGAAACGUAUGCUUGCAUAUUCGUCCAUAGGCCAAAUCGGAUAUGUAAUUAUUGGAAUAAUUGUUUCUUAUAGGAAAACUGUAAAUGUAUCUCCUUCGAAACACAUCUUUGUGGAAAUAUUUGCAAUUGUAGGAAAUAUAUCAAGGAGUUACUCCAUGAAUUACUGAGAAUUACUUUCUUAAGCCAUGUUUACUAUUAGAAUUUAAUACUGAACAUAUAUAUGGUAAUUGUGUGAUUAUGGU